AUGGAGCACGCUACCCUCAGUGGAAACAGCUCAGCUAAUAGUUUUAGCCGCUCAGAGCUCCUGCCUCAAUGGGGAUACACACUACUGGCCCUUAUCAUGGGUGUUUUCUCUUUAGGGGGGAUUGUCCUCAACAUCGUUGUGAUUGCGGUGACAGCAGCUCACAGAAAGCUGAGGCAGCCGCUGAGCUAUGCCCUGGUUAACCUUGCUGUAUGUGACCUGGGCUGUGCUGUGUUUGGAGGCCUGCCCACCACGUUCAACGGCGCCAUGGGACGCUUCAGCCUGGGACGUUUGGGCUGCGUGUUUGGAGGCUUUGCUGUUUCCUUUUUUGGUAUAUCUGCUCUCUGUACAGUGGCUGUCAUUUCUGUUGAGCGGUACAUUGUGGUGUGUUAUCCCAUGGGGGCUGUUCUUUUCCAGACCAGGCAUGCAGUCGCAGGUGUGGUCCUCUCCUGGGUGUGGUCAUUUGUGUGGAACACCCCGCCUUUGUUUGGGUGGGGAAGUUAUGACCUAGAAGGGGUUAAAAUUUCCUGCGCACCAAACUGGUACAGCCGUGAUGCUGCUAACAUGUCCUAUAUCAUCAUCUACUUCUCUUUAUGUUUUGCGGUGCCUUUUUCAGCCAUCAUGGUGUCCUACUCCAAACUCUUAUGGACCCUUCAUAAGGUCACUAAGCUGCAAACGUCUGAGAGUAGACGCACUUAUCAUGUGGAGAGGCAGGUUGCCCGCAUGGUUGUGGUGAUGGUUCUGGCCUUCUUGGUCACUUGGCUGCCUUAUGCAGCAAUGGCCCUGGCUGUCAUCAUGGACCCUAGUCUUUAUGUAGACCCCGUCAUUGCCACCAUACCCGUUUAUUUAGCCAAAAGCAGCACUGUCUACAACCCCAUCAUAUACAUCUUCAUGAACAGACAGUUUCGGGGCUGCGUUGUUCCUGUAGUUCUGUGUGGAUGGAGCCCGUGGCCCGCCGAAGCCCAAAUAUCUGAUGCUGCCACCACUGUAGCGUCAGUACACAAAAACAACAAAGUUGUAGAGGAGCCACCUUCGUAAGAAUGAAAAUACUUUUAAAAGCUUUUGGUUUUAAUUGUAAGGUAUACAGUUAUACAGCACUGCAGAAAGAUGUCUGGGUGGUGUAUUGU